CCCGCGGCCCCGGGCCCCGGCUCCGGCGCCGUCCCUCCUCCCGGGCCGGGCGCCGCGGCCCCGGCAUGAGGAGCGGGCGAUGAUCCCCGCCAACGCCUCCGCCAGGAAGGGGCCCGAGGGCAAGUACCCGCUACACUACCUCGUGUGGCACAACCGCCACCGCGAGCUGGAGAAGGAGGUCCGCGCCGGCCAGGUGGACAUUGAGCAGCUGGAUCCCCGUGGUCGGACUCCCCUGCACCUGGCCACCACACUGGGUCACCUCGAGUGUGCCCGUGUGCUCCUGGCGCACGGCGCAGACGUGGGCAGGGAAAAUCGCAGUGGCUGGACAGUGCUUCAGGAGGCUGUGAGUACCCGGGACCUGGAGCUGGUGCAGCUGGUGCUGCGGUAUCGGGAUUACCAGCGGGUAGUGAAGCGGCUGGCGGGCAUCCCCGUGCUCCUGGAGAAGCUGCGCAAGGCCCAGGACUUCUAUGUGGAGAUGAAAUGGGAGUUCACCAGCUGGGUGCCCCUGGUAUCCAAGAUCUGCCCUAGUGACACCUACAAAGUGUGGAAGAGUGGGCAGAACCUGAGAGUAGACACCACGCUCCUGGGCUUUGACCACAUGACAUGGCAGCGGGGGAACCGCAGCUUCGUCUUCAGGGGCCAAGACACGAGUGCUGUGGUCAUGGAGAUUGACCAUGACCGCCGGGUGGUGUACACAGAGACGCUUGCGCUGGCCGGGCAGGACCGUGAGCUGCUGCUGGCUGCCGCCCAGCCCACCGAGGAGCAAGUGCUGAGCCGGCUCACUGCACCUGUCGUCACCACACAGCUUGACACCAAGAACAUCUCCUUUGAGAGGAACAAGACUGGUAUCCUGGGCUGGCGCAGUGAGAAGACCGAGAUGGUGAAUGGGUAUGAAGCCAAGGUAUAUGGGGCAUCCAAUGUGGAACUCAUCACCCGGACCCGGACAGAGCAUCUUUCAGAACAGCACAAGGGCAAGGUUAAAGGCUGUAAGACACCUCUGCAGUCCUUCCUGGGAAUUGCUGAGCAGCACGGGGGCCCCCAAAAUGGGACCCUGAUCACUCAGACUCUGAGCCAAGCCAACCCCACUGCCAUCACUGCAGAAGAAUACUUCAACCCCAACUUUGAGCUUGGCAACCGUGACAUGGGCCGCCCCAUGGAAAUGACCACCAAGACACAGAAGUUCAAAGCCAAGCUGUGGCUGUGUGAGGAGCAUCCCCUGUCCCUGUGUGAGCAGGUGGCUCCCAUCAUUGACCUCAUGGCCGUCAGCAAUGCGCUUUUUGCCAAGCUCCGGGACUUCAUCACCCUGCGCUUGCCUCCUGGCUUCCCCGUCAAGAUUGAAAUCCCCAUCUUCCACGUCCUCAACGCCCGCAUCACCUUCGGGAACCUCAAUGGCUGUGACGAGCCGGUGCCGUCGGUGCGAGGCAGCCCGAGCAGCGAGACCCCUUCUCCAGGCAGCGAUUCCUCCAGUGUCAGCAGCUCCAGUUCCACGACCUCGUGCCGCGGCUGCGAGAUCUCCCCUGCGUUGUUCGAGGCCCCACGUGGCUACAGCGUGCUAGGUGGCCAGCGAGAGGCGGCAACCCGUGACGACGAUGAUGACUUGUUGCAGUUUGCCAUCCAGCAGAGCCUGCUUGAGGCGGGCAGUGAGUAUGACCAGGUCACCAUCUGGGAGGCGCUAACCAACAGCAAGCCAGGCACCCACCCCAUGUCCUACGAGGGUCGUCAACAGGACAGGAGCGCCCCGCCCACGCCUCAGCGCCGGCCUGCGCCCCCAGCCUCAGGACCCAGCCCUCUGCCCAACCCGAGCCAGAGUUCCGGCGGCCACGUGUUCCGGAGCUACGACGAACAACUGCGGCUGGCCAUGGAGCUCUCGGCGCAGGAACAGGAGGAGAGGCGGCGGCGCGCGCGCCAGGAGGAGGAGGAGCUGGAGCGCAUCCUGAGGCUCUCCUUGACCGAGCAGUAGCGCCCCCUGCCGGGCCCCUUGCCCACACCACGUGCGACCAUCCCCGGGCCCCCAACGAGGUCCGCCCCAGCCCGCGCGCC